CUGGAACUUCAAUUGGCAGAAUAGGUUAACCAUGACCACUUCGACAGACCUCGGUCCAGCCGGAUCUUUCAUUCUCUAUUUCCUCAAAUCCUUAACCGUUUUUCGGUUCGCAAAAACCACUCCCAUAGACCUCACAGGGCAAACAGCCAUCAUCACCGGCGGAUACUCUGGCAUCGGAUACAAAUGCGCAGAAAUCCUCCUGGCCAACAAACUGUCCCACCUGGUAAUCACGGUCCGCAACGAAAAAAAGGGAAACGAGGCCGCCGCCAAGCUACGCAGUCUCCAUCCAGGGGCAAUAAUCGAAGUAUGGCCCCUCGACAUGCUCUCCUACGAUUCUAUUCAAGCAUUCAUCAAGCGGUGCAACGACGACCUACCCAGAAUAGACUUUAUCAUUCUCAAUGCCGGCAUGGUAAGCGGCGAGUUCUCCAUUAAUGAGAGCACCGGCCACGAAGUUUGCUUCCAGGUGAACUACCUCUCAACAGCCCUCUUAACAAUCCUCCUCCUCCCAAUCCUGAAAGCAAAGCGGAACCCGAAACAGGACAAACCAAGCCGCAUAACAAUAGUCGGCUCAGGAUUAGCCCUGUCAGCCAACUUCCCUGAACGCAACUCGCAGGGCGUGGUUGCGGCAUUUGAUAGUCGCGAAUACUUCGACCCCGUGGACCGAUACAGCACGACUAAGCUCCUUUUGCUUAUAUUCCUCUCGAAGAUCGCCCCGUAUGUCGAUCCCAGUGACGUGGUUAUCAAUAUCGCUGACCCCGGAUUCGUUGCAACGCCCGGUCUCGACCGUAAUGUUUCGCCCCUGCUGCGGUAUAUCAACGGGCUGAGUCGGAAGCUCGUUGCGAGGAGUAUUUAUUCUGGGGGAUGGGCGUAUGUUGAUGCAGCAGUUGUAAAGCUAGAUACUACUCAUGGAAGCUGGAUUUCGAAUUGGGAUGUCUAUGCGUUCCCUAAGAGCAUGUAUUCGCCUGACGGAAAGAGGGCUGGAGAUAAGCUGUGGGAAGAGACACUGGAGGACUUGAACUGGGCUGGCGUACGUGGUAUCCUGUCUGCUAUGGGGAAAGGGAAUGCAUGAGUUAAUUGGAUACUUGUUAAUACAUUUACGAUGGGGCAUAUAUUAGUAUGGAUGACUGACCCUUAGUCCUGUUAAUAACUCUAUGUC